GGCGCAGUCGGUCGGACGCAGCGGCGCGAGCGCAUUCAUCCACACGAAAAUACCAAAACAGUUCCGUUGUUCACUCACGAGUAUUAGUUCGUUUACCCGCGUUUGUUAAUAGUGUAAUAAAUAGUGUUGUGACCUGUGACAAGUUUGUAGAUAAACCUGUGGUCAUGCUGCAAGGGUUUUGGUAUCCCGAAGGAAUGAAAUGAAGGGGAGGAGUUCCAGGGCGCCUAGUAAGCUUCCAGUGGUGCUGGGGAAAGUCCUCCUGCGGUGGCUGUUCACCAAAGCCGACCUCGUGUUCUUUGUUUACCGUUUCAUUGGGUAUGCGUAUCAUUUGCACGUGCGAUCCUCGAUGAACAGCAGCGUGGAUUUCUUUGAAAGUCUGAUAGACGAAGAUGGGCGCUUCGCCGAGUUAAACUGUCAAGAGCCGCAGAGAGGCUACCGGCCGCGACAACGGCAGCCUGCUCAAGCUGAGAAUAUCAACAAUGGUGGUGGUCUGUCGUUGUCACCACCACACACGGUGUCGCAACGUGAGACUGGUACGCAAGUGUCCCAGUGCUACAGCGGGCCGCCGUCCCCGUGCGGAUCCGCGAGCGCGUCGCCGUCUCCUACGACCUCCCCCGCGCCGCCGCCGGGCACAGCCACUUUAGACCCUAAUUGGCAAGCCACUAAGCCAACAGUGCGGGAGAGAAAUGCAGCUAUGUUCAAUAACCAGCUCAUGUCAGACGUCACAUUCAUUGUUGGAGGACCUGGACAUUCACAGAUAAUACCUGCCCACAAGUAUGUGUUAGCUACCGCCAGCUCAGUGUUCUAUGCUAUGUUUUAUGGAGGGUUAGCGGAGUGCAAGCAGGAGAUUGAAGUCCCCGAUGUCGAACCAUCUGCUUUUCUUACUCUUCUAAAGUACAUUUAUUGUGAUGAAAUUCAGCUAGAAGCUGAUACAGUAUUAUCAACUCUAUAUGUUGCCAAAAAGUACAUUGUACCACAUUUGGCAAAGGCUUGUGUCAAUUAUUUGGAAACUAGUCUGACAGCAAAGAAUGCAUGCCUGCUCCUCAGCCAGUCCCGACUGUUUGAGGAACCAGAACUGAUGCAAAGAUGCUGGGAAGUUAUUGAUGCCCAGGCUGAGAUGGCCCUGACGUCAGAAGGCUUUGUUGACAUAGAUGUGUCAACUUUAGAAUCAGUAUUAGCAAGGGAAACACUCAAUUGCAAGGAGAUCAACUUAUUUGAGGCAGCUUUGGCGUGGGCACAUGCUGAAUGUGUUCGAAGAGAAAUAGAUCCUACACCAACAAACAAAAGAGUUAUGUUGGGUGGUGCCAUAUACCUGAUAAGGUUCCCAACUAUGUCAUUAGAAGAGUUUGCAAACAGUGCAGCUCAGAUUGGCAUUUUGACUCCACAAGAGACAAUUGACAUAUUUUUACAUUUUACUGCUUCAAGCAAACCUUUAUUAGCAUAUCCAAUUAAGGCCAGAGCAGGUCUGAAAGCUCAGAUAUGCCACAGAUUCCAGUCAUGUGCAUACAGGAGUAAUCAGUGGAGGUACCGCGGCAGAUGUGAUUCAAUACAGUUUUGUGUGGACAAGAGAAUUUUUGUUGUUGGCUUUGGACUUUAUGGAUCUUCAAAUGGAGCAGCUGAUUAUAAUGUUAAGAUUGAACUGAAACGUUUGGGCAGAGUGCUAGCUGAGAACAACACUAAGUUCUUCUCUGAUGGAUCAAGUAACACUUUCCAUGUUUACUUUGAGAACCCAAUACAGAUUGAGCCAGAAUGCUUCUACACUGCUUCAGCAAUACUUGAUGGGAGUGAAUUAAGUUAUUUUGGACAGGAAGGUUUAAGUGAAGUGUAUAUGGGCACAGUAACUUUCCAAUUCCAUUGUUCUUCUGAGAGUACAAAUGGCACAGGAGUGCAAGGAGGACAGAUACCAGAACUCAUCUACUAUGGACCCACCGUCAACACUUCAAUGGCCAACACAACCACUAAUGAGGACUGACAGUUGACUAGAUCUCGCCCUUUUAACUACUAUUCCGUAUAGUCAUCGGAAAAUUAGAAAUCGAUAAUAUUUGAUCAAAAAUUUAAAUUAAAAAUUUAUUAUAGGUACUUAACCAUUCCCUGACGUUAAUUGUUAUGUUGGAAAACUUUAAAGUUCUUGUGUAUAUUGUUGAACUUGACUAGCAAUUAAGAUGCGUACCUUAAGAUUGUGAUAUGGGUGUCGUAAAAGCUCUCUAUAAAUCAGUAGGUUCUAGACCUACUCUGAUACAAAUUCAUUGCAAUAUAUUAUAGUUAUUACUUAAUAA